GUCUUCACCUAUACCGAGCGAAAUGAUAACCUUGGCUUAUGCGUUAUUCAAGACAUCCUCGAAUUUGCUUUUCGCGACAACGCAUUUGCUAGUGAGCACAUUAAGGAACCUAGAGACAUCUGGCGUUAUACCCUAGUGCCGACUCAUCGACUAAGCACCCCAAUUCACUUCAAAGAGAGUGUCCAAGAGAUCCCAAUAUUCUGCCGAGCUUUAAAGGGUGGGUCAGGCACCCACCCUACAAGUGCCUUACCAUACAAUAAGGCACAGGAAGAUGAAGUUGCGACCAGUAAAUCGGAAGUUCCCAAGAACCCCGGGUCCUUAUAUAAAUAUCGUAAAGGAGUUACAGCAAACCUUCAGUUUCAGAAGUCACAGAACAAGGUCAGAUCAGAGAGAAAAAAGCUGCAUUCAACUGCCAAAGACGAGCAGCGCGAGAGGUUUUUCCAGAAUGUUAGAAAUCAAAUUGUCGAUAGGAACUAUCAGGGUAGACCGAUCACUUUUGAACCCGAUAUAUCCCAUGUGGUACCCGAGAGAAAAGCCCUAGCGGAUCUCGAAUUCAGGAACAGAGAUGUGGAUUCUAUCAGUGAUGCGGAACUACUUGAUGAUCGGAUCUGUUCGCUCGAGAUAAGAUUGGCUCUCCAUGACCUGGAAGUUCCAGGGCCGUUGCAGAAGCGAAUCUGUUUUUACGAGCCUUUACCCGAUGUCGCAGAUGAUUCGCGGGCCUCCUGGAAGUUACACCACUGGAGAACCAAAGUGGACUGGAGUACCCAGUUUGUCUUGACCGGUCAAAUGUACAUUCGCGGGCAAAGCGAUAUAGGUACGCUCGAAAGGACUCGCUGCAGCGACACUUUGAUACCCACAAUCUGA